CUUCGGGUUUCUGUUCUCUGUGUGUGUGUGUGUGUGUGUGUGUGUGUGUUGUUAAAGGGGUGGAAAGGACCUUGUGAAAUAAAAGUACAGACACCAGCCCCUGCCAGCAGCAGAAGCAGGAGCCCCCAAUCCAAACCAGAGCUGUGUGUUAAACCGGCUGGGGAAGUUGCUUUGCAAGAUCCCAACUUCCAUUCAUUGAGCCAGCAUCCAAAGGGGGCUGCGGUGCCGCUACUACCACCUCCUCGCCCGGACCUGGUGAUUUCCAAACUUGGCAACCUUUUGCUCGAUCGCAUUUCCCCCCCCCCCCUUUAUUUUUCUCUCCCCACGAGGACACUGAGCGAUUUGAGACGAACACAAACGUCCUCUCGCCUCCCGCGGUCCCUCCCCUGCUUUCCCCCGCCGGGAAGAAGUUUAUACAGCAGCCGCACCACCGCCGAAACAAAGUCUGUCCACCAGCGACCGCCUCCCGCGAGCCCAGCCCGGGCAGCGCGCCCCUGCCGCUCCAGCGCCUGGAUCGCCGCUUGGGGACCGGCUCUGCUCCCCCCCCAGAUCAUGCAGAACUACAAGUACGACAAAGCGAUCGCCCCGGAGAGCAAGAACGGGGGCAGCCCUGCCCUGAACAACAACCCGGCCAAGAGCAGCAGCAAGAAAGGGCUGCUCAUCUGCCUGGAUCUCCUCUGCCUUCUCAUGGCCGGUCUGCCCUUUCUGAUCAUUGAAACCAGCACAAUCCAGCCGUACCAAAGGGGGUUUUACUGCAACGACGAGAGUAUCCAAUACCCUUUGAAAACGGGCGAGACGAUUAACGACGCUGUGCUGUGUGCUGCAGGGAUUCUCAUCGCCAUCCUUGCUAUCAUAACAGGGGAGUUCUACCGGAUUCACUACUUAAAGGAGAAGUCUCGGUCCUUCAUCCAGAACCCAUAUGUGGCAGCUCUCUACAAACAAGUGGGCUGUUUCGCCUUUGGCUGUGCCAUCAGCCAGUCCUUCACAGACAUUGCCAAAGUGUCUGUCGGACGCUUGCGACCUCAUUUCCUGGAAGUUUGUAAUCCAGACUUUUCAGUAAUCGACUGCUCUGAAGGCUAUAUUCAAAACUACACCUGUAGGGGAAAUGACAACAGAGUCCAGGAAGCCAGGAAAUCCUUCUUCUCUGGUCACGCCUCCUUCUCGCUCUAUACCAUGCUUUAUUUGGUGUUAUAUCUGCAGGCCAGAUUCACAUGGAGAGGAGCCCGUCUGCUACGUCCCCUGCUGCAGUUUACCCUGAUCAUGAUGGCAUUUUACACAGGAUUGUCCCGUGUGUCUGACCACAAGCAUCACCCUACAGAUGUGCUGGCAGGAUUUGCACAAGGAGCCCUGGUGGCUUACUGCAUAGUGUUUUAUGUGUCAGACCUCUUCAAACCCAAGAUGAAGACCUCCCUGCCUCCUCCUCCAAUCCGGAAAGAUAUCCUUUCACCUGUGGACAUCAUUGAACGGAACAAUCACCACAAUAUGGUGUAGACCUUUGCAACCCUCCUCCCUCCACAAUCCUUCCCCCCCCCUUUUUUUUUUUUUUUUUUUGCAAAAAUGACUGCUGACAGCAACUACCUGCUGCUCUCAAAUCUCAUCAGACAGUAGAAUGUAGGGAGAGACUUUCUUGCCCGACUAAUAAGGUCUUACUCUCUGGCCUUUUCACUUGCAACAUUUGCAUGAAAUGGGUGUUGUUCAACUAAGUCAAAAGCAACAAUGAGAAAAACAAACAAACAUCGACGCCGGAAUUCUGGAUGUGCAAUUGGUUGAGUGUUCAUGUUGUAGUGAACCCAAAUUGUUCAUAGCAUAAUGAACACUAAAAGAUUAUGUAAAGCCGGCCAUCUUAGCUUUUACUAUGAAGAUUUCCAAUGCCGGUAAGAAAAACUCAGAACUAAAUUAUGUAGCACUGUAUACAAGAAACAGCACUGAUUCAAGAUUUGGGAUUGGUUUCUAAAUGUCACCGCUCUUUUCCCCUCCCCUCCUCUUUGUAAUAUUGCUUAUUUACAACACGUACCUGGUGACAUUAGUACUGUACGAGGCAUCAAGCCUACACAAAAUUGACAAAUGGCCUAAUUUUAAAAAAGGCUCCCUUCACUAUUUCUGGCCCUGAUAAAUUGCAGAAGGAUUUUCUGUGCUAUCGCUGCCACCUUUGGGAGUUCACGUCAUGUCAGUUGUUAGUGGUCGAUCUUGUUGAAGAUAUGUUAGCACUAUGAAUUUGGGAUUGAGUCCCAGGGAACAUUGAUUCUGCAGUUUUAGGACGGGCUGCUGGGUGGAACGUCCUAACCUGGAUUUAGAACAGUUUUGAGCAUUCCCUCAUCUUCUCUGUUUAGGGUCUGGUUAUAAGCCAUUCAAUAGACAUUAGGCCAAAUUCUGAUUUCAGUUACAUCAGUAGUGCAUCAAGAGUAUGUAAAAGAGAGCAGAAUCUUGCCUACUUCUCCUAGCUUUUUUGCUUUCUGUUGGAAGUUAAAGACAAAUAUUGAAGAUCUAUCUUAAAA